AUGAAGUUCUCUACCUCGACCAUCUUGGCCUCCACCGUGGCCCUCGCCGCCGCCGCCUUCGACGACCCCGUUCACCCGGGCGACCUCUUCAGCCUGCUAUCACAACGGACGGGCACGUUUGUGCAGAAUGGCAACGUCGCCGUCUACAAGGACGGUCUUGGCAUCAACAACGACCAACAAAUCUUUUGCGAGAAGAAGCCCUACCCCAAGUACGCCGCCAUGUCGGUGAACACAUCCGGUGGGCUCUUCCUCUACGUCGAUACCAACGUCGUGCAGGCGUACGUUGACCGCACGCCCGAGGGCAAAGGCGCUAUCAAGUGGUCGACGGGCGUGUCCCCCAUCGACGCCAAGUUCGAGCGCGGCCCGUUUGAAAUCAACGCCAACAACACGCUGCAAUUCGUUGAUGGCGACAAGAGAUACGACUUCCAGGCUUGCCCCAUCACGGCCAACGACCCCAACCCCAGCCAGGUGUUUACAGUCUGGCUUGGCCAGUACCCUAACCCCACGGGCGACGAGUGCAUCCCGUUCACGGCAAGGGCCCUCAAGCUUGAUGAUCCCCAGAAGUGCAUCUACAACGGCCUGCCGUAG